AGAGCCGUCUUGGCUCGGAGCAUGCGGCGCGGGGCAGCGGCCCCGCAUGGUGGCGGCAGCGCCCCAAGACGUCCCCAAGUUUGGCGGGCAUCCUCUGCGCGAGAGCUCAGCGCGCUGGCCUGUGCGCGGGCGCGCGGGGUAGCGUGAGCAUCUCGAGCUGGUGUUGCGGAGAUUCGGCAUGAAGACUAAGAAGAGCAGGUACGAUCGUUUCGAAGACCAGGCUGGCGGCGAUGGCGGCAGCGAGGAGGGCGAUCGCGGCGAGAAUAUCGAGGAGGCUACGGCCGCCAACGGCAGGGGCAGCGAGGACCACUCCUUGCGGGCAGCGGGCGCUGCUGACGAGGACAAGGGCGGCGGCGCCGAGACCAGCGGCGGUCCUGCCGAGCCGACCUCUCCCGCUGGCGAGGAUUCACGCGCACGUGAGCGCGAUGGCCCGCCUCGGGAAAAAACGACACCAGCAACAGUGUUCGGGAGAGCGGUGAUCGAGGAGGGCGACGACGACAUCCGCAGCAAUAUGGAGUUGGAAGUGGUCGGGGCGCCCGGGAAGGAGGACGAGGCAGGCAGCAAGUCCAAUGUCAAGCUUGCUGGGACCAAGUCUCUCGCGUCGAGUAGGCGAACUUUCAUAAACUCUAUCAUAUGCUUUAUCGGCACUGGCAUGUACGGCCUCCCUGCGGCAUUCCAGCGCAUCGGGAUUCUGGGCGGCUUAUUCGGAAUGAUGUUUGUUGCUUCUGUGUCUCUGCAUUGCAUGUUCCUCGUGGUCGACUGCAGGAACUUCCUGGAGCAGGGGAAGUCCAAGCAGAUCAGGACCUACGGCGACAUCGGCUACUACGCCUUCGGGUCGCUCGGCGCGCGCCUGGUGGAUUUUUUCGUAGCGCUGACGCAGCUUGGCGCCUGCAUUGCUUAUCUAAUAGUCAUCUCUCAGAGCAUGCACGAGGUGGUGCAAAAGCUCUCCAAGCGCUCCUGGAUCUUAGUGUGCAUCCCGAUGUUGAUGCGCGCCAGUUGGCUGCGCAGCCUGAAGAGUAUUGCGCCGCUGUCACUGGUGGCGGAACUUGGAACUGGCAUCGCAGCAGUGAUUGUCUUGGUGUUCGAUUGCCUCCAGGUUUUUGAUAAUGAAAGUGGGCACGGCCUUGGCCAUAUUGCGAACGAAUCUGCUCAUUCGAACCUGACGGGUAACAUGACUGCAACGCUAACCACACCUAGCCAUGUGGAUCCAGUUGUAGUGCUCAACUUGCAGGGGCUCCCGUAUUUCUUCGGUGUAAGUAUCUACACAUUCGAAGGCAUUGGUAUGGUUAUCCCUGUGUACAAUUCGAUGCAAUCCAAAGAUAAUUUCAAACAGGUUUGGGGUUUGGCACUUGUCUGCGUGGCAUUGCUCAAUACGUCGUUUGGGUUUCUCGGGUACUACGCGUACAGGAGCAACCUGGAAGACAUUAUCAUCAGUAAUCUUCCCGACGUGAUGGUCACUACGUUUAUGAAAGUGUCCUUGUGUGUCGGAUUGUUUUUCACAUAUCCGAUCAUGCUGUUUCCCGUGAUCGAGAUGGCAGAGGAGUCCUUGCAGCGGCCGGCAAGCACGACGUGGGCAGGAUCGAUGCGAUGGAACGCGUUUCGCUCCUCUUUCGUGCUGGGUUCCGCCGUCGUGGCGUCAUUCGUGCCCAAGUUCACAUUCUUCAUUGCGCUCAUCGGGGCCUCUGGCGGUGCCGCCCUGGCGUUCGUGCUGCCCAGCGCAUUCCACCUCAAGCUGCGCUGGGAGGAGUUGAACGGCGCGAGACGGUGGCGCGAGGCGUUCUGUAUCAUUGUGGGCUGCAUCGGAGGGCUUGUAGGAACGGUUCAGGCGAUCGCAGAUCUGAAGGCCGCCUUCGACGCCGGACCGGACUAGCAGACCCCGUAGAGUAGCACCUGGGCAGGCGCGGUUGGCGCUGGUUCCUGGUGGCUUCUGACUGCGUACGCACCCGAAUCCGCGCGGUGGCCUCGGGAUCCCUCCCAGCCGGGGCGCGGGCGGCGCAGCGCGCGCGCUGUGGUUGCGUGCGUGCACGGCGCCCCGUGUUCUUGCAGCACGUCCAGUGCGUAGGCCCCAGGUGCUUCUCGGCCACCGACGCAGGCGGAGAUCGCCGUUACCCAGGUCCACACCCAUCCUGCGCUGCUCCAGCCAGCUCCCGCCGACUGGAAUGCGAAAAUGACAGCUGAGAGAAGCAGGCUCUUCCUGGCUACCUCUGGCUGCGCCAGCAGAUACCUCGACGACCCAUUGCCAGCACCCUCCGCCUUGUCUGCCCUGCAGAAGUGACCAGUGACCGUCGUCCAUUGCUUCCGUGCAAUACCAUUCGAGAAUUCAUCCAAGAUGUGCGAGGUUUCAGCGACAUUGGCGAGUGUUGGCAUCGCAAGACCACCGUAACACAUCUUUGGUUUGCAGCCAGAAGCACGCAUAUCCAACGCAGCCUUUGCACACUUGACUGUUGCCAGCUCCUAGUGUUG